CUUGGUGUAAAUGUUACUUUUUUUCCGAAGUGUCAAAUACACAUCACUUGAAAAAAAAUGGACUUUGAAAGUCCUGACGUGGAGAAGGAAUUCCCCGGAUUAUACGCGUCCGAAUCGGCUAGGAAAAGCAAUGAGAGCGAUUUUAGUGAUGAAGGCAGUCAUGAUAAGCAUUCCAAAAAGGAGUUACUGGGUGGAAAGCGGAAGGAUAAAAAGGACAGAAAGGACAGGGGCUACGCGACUCUAGAAGGUGAAAGUUCGCCGGACGAAGAUCAAGAAACUAAAAGUCCUUCGAAAUCAAAGAAGACCAAAGCCUUUAAAUUUCCAUCUAAGAAAGAGAAGCGGGAGAAAUCGAGGGAGAAAGAGGCAAAAGAAAAGGAUGCUGAGAAGGAAAAGGAUAAAAAGAAGAGGGAUAAGGACGAGAAAGAUAUAGACAAAGAAAAGCGGAAAGACAAGGAUAAAGACAAGUCUAAACAAAAAUUAAAAGACCGUAAGAAAGGAAAGCAUGCUGGCGGCGAAGGUUUGGAUAUCGGUGAGGAACAACCGAUUUUUGGUAUUAGUCUUCACUUAGCGGUUGAAAGAAGCUGUUGUCACGACGGAGUCGAAUUGCCCUUGGUCGUGCGAGACUGCAUCGAUUACGUGGAGGAGCACGGAAUGAACGUGGAGGGUCUGUACAAAGUUCCCGGGGUGAAAUCAAAAGUUCAAUAUUUGAAAAAAUUGUACAAUAACCGAGAACCGGUGAACAUGUCCGAAUUUGAACCCACGGUAGCUACGAGCUUAUUGAUACUCUUUCUUAGAGAGCUACCAGAAUCCGUGCUGGAGAACAGCGAAACGAUAUCGCGCUUCGAACAAGCCGCAUCGACCAAGGAUGUCGCGCAGCGGGAAGCGCAACUGGCGCAGCUGACGCAGCAAUUACCAGAGUGCAACAGGAUUCUUCUGGCGUGGGUUACGCUGCACUUGGAUCAUGUCACGGCGCGAGAAAAGGUGACGAAGAUGAACGCGCAAACGAUUUCGAUGACACUGAGCCCGGUGCUGCAGAUGAGUCACAGAUUACUGUUAGCCUUAUUGUUCCAUUGCAAGGCUUUGUUCCCGAAUGUACAGUUGACAAAAUACGUGCCACCACUGUCGUCCGGCAGUACCAAUCUGCCAGAUUCCGUGGAGGGCAUUGCCGCGGAACUGUCCAAGCAGGAGUCAUUGCUGUCCCAAAUUCACAUGCAAAUGAACGCCGGUUUCGUGACGAAAUCUCGCGAGGAACAAUUGUGGGAGGUGCAGCGAAUGAUAACGCAAUUAAAGAGAAAGUACAAGACUGUUCAAAAAUUGGAAGGUGCCACGCAAAAGAGUCUGGAUGAAGAAAUCAAAUCAUCCGAUAAUAUUUCGGUGGAAUCCACCUCGCAAAAGCCAAAGACUGCAGACGAAGAUUCCGGGCAAUCCAAAUCCGAUUCUCUGACAUCGACCAAUUCGACCUUGUUAAAAACAGACGGCAAACCACACGGUACAGAAGAGGCGAAAGAAAAGUGCUCCUGCUCGGCGGGGGGGGCAAGUGCAAGCGCCACGCAAAACGGACAGAACGUGAAUGUGCAAGAAAAAGACACGGUUGACUCCGCGGAGACUGCAAUGGUUGCAUCACAAUCAAAAGAAAACGUCACGUCGGACGACAAAGCAAACGAGCCUGAAGAGGAGGACGUCAUAGACAAGCUGCGAGAAAGACUGAUCCACGAGGAGCUGCUGAACAUGCAAGCGCUGCUGAAGUCUCGCAUCAGCCAGGAGAGGAACGAGAUCAAGCGAUUGAUAGAAAUGGUGACGGAACUCGGCACCGAGAAGAAAAAACCCAAGGAAAGGACGCACUCCCCCAACGAGGCCGAAAUGACGGCUAUGAUACAGCUAGUCAAAGAAAAUCAAUUGCUCGAAAAAAAAAUGACGACACUCAUACGCAGUAUUAUCGAGGAGAAAGACGCCUGUGUGGAACUGCGUGUUCAAUUGGCGGUGCAUCAACUGAUGGCUAAGACCUGACCGCAAACCUGCUAAUGACACACCGGGAUUACAAAAGACAUCCUAUACGCGAUCUGAUAUUACGUUUUUUGCACAUAACGAACAUAUAUAGUUUAUAACAUGUUGCAAUUACCACAUGUAUACCAUUAACUCGUUUUACUCUUCCGCAAAGUAAUAAAACUACACAAAAAUCCAGACAGAAAUUUUCAUGAACUCUCGGAUUCCACAAUUCGAGUUCCUUGUUAGAUACUCGAUGCGUUUUGGGAGUGAAGGAUGAAGGGAGGAGGACAUCACUCGAUAUUCAAAUGAGAUAGAUGUAGGCAAUUAUUCUUCAUGAGAAAAAAAGUCAUAUUGUAAUAGAAACAAUUAUAUUUUUUUGUAUAUAUUUUAUAUUUCAACGCGUCAUGAAAUUAUGAACAUAUCGCGCUAAUAAAAGCUCAAAGAUUAAUGCUCUGAACUGAGUAAAUGUGAAGAAUGCACUGUCAAUAAGCACAGUAUUCUGAAAACGUAAAAUUACAUUAAACGACAGAAUUAUUAAAUCUGCUAAAGAAAUUACUAAUUGAACUUCAAGAUUGCAAUUUACAUCAAGCUAUUCUGUAAAAAUUUUCAGAAUUGUUACAGAUUCUAGAAUUAAUACAAACUGUUAUUAUAGGGCUUAGUAAGCGCUACAGAUAGAUUAAUAGAAGAAGGUGCGACUCGGGAUUGAGGGGACAACUACGUUGUGUUCAAUGUAUAUUUACAAUAUUAUCUGGUCAAGGUACAGCGCUGAAUAUCGACCCGUAUAGUGUUCGCGUAUAAUCUUGGUAAUGCUGCUUCGUAUUUUUAUGUACGUAGGAAAAAUUUACACGUCCGAUAUAUAAUCUUUUUUUUUUUUUGUCACAGGUGCAUCUGUAUAAAAAUCUAUUGAUACGUCCGUCGCGGUGGGACGUACGCAGAAACUAAGAUUGUGCUGAGGACACAGAUAUUCUCUCAUUCAUCAGCGAAAGAAAGUCACGCAGCCUCGUAUGAUAGCCUUCGUGUAAGGGAACAAGCUCUUAUGGAUUCUACAAUCGCAACGCAACGCAACGCAACGCAACGCUUGGGUGUUUCCUUCGGUAAAUACCAAACAGAGUCACAUGCAAUUCGGAAGAGGCUGAGAACGGUUUGUUGGACACAUCGGAUUUGCAUACCGGGAAUGGUGUUAUCAUCAGCUCGAGAUCGUAGAAUCCGACUGUUUUCGCGAUAUCGCGCACCGCGUUUGUGGGAACUCGUAGACUUUACAGGUACGUCUUAUAUUCAAUGCGAUACUGUUUCUCUCUUUUUUUUUUUUUUUUUUUCGUUCGCUGAACGGGAUCGAGCGACAGAUAAUACAAUAACGUAGUCUUAGAGCAUCACUAUCACAGUGUAGUACAACAACUCGCUAAGAAUAGUAGCAUACGCGGUACCUACGAGCGAUGAAGGUAGUUUAACUACCGGAAUCGCGAAACUGCGCGUUUCGCCUAACAAUCCGCGAUUAUAGAAAAUAUUAUCAUAUGUAACUUCAUUACACAUACAAUUAUUACGAAGAGACAACUAGAUCGGAUUUUUUUUCUGUAUUCUAUAUCGUUUGAUUGCUUUAUAUUCACCAUAGAGCACCAAAUAAACUUUUUACGCGGCAUACACGAUUGAGAAUGUGGCGUUGCGGCCUCUCUAUUGCAUUUCUGUUUUUUCACAAAGGAAGUCACUGUUAAAAGAACAUCCGUAAAUUAUAGCGUGUGCACUAAAUCUGAGGAAUAUAUAUGUAUAUAUCUCACUACUGUCAACGAUCCGUUUUGCGAAUGGGCCACGUAAACUUUUACAAAGCUUAUAAAAGUAAUUUACAAAAUUUUAUAAAAGAUGGAAUAUAUAUAUGUGUAAAAAAAUAUAAAGGAAUGUUUCCUCUCUCCUAUGGCCAAUAAUUUUUUGCAAUAAUAUUUACAACAAAAGAGGAUGAUUCAAGAUGGUCCAACGCGGCAUAUUUUCUUAUUCUGUAUUAUUUUGCAACUUGUGUUUGAUUUUUCGGUCAUCCCAAUCACCUGUUUUGUUAUAAAAUAUAUCAAGUUAUUUGAUAUUUAUCUAUAGUUAUCGAUGAAAAUUUUGAACAUUCGACGGUUAUUAUUCAAUAAAUAUUCAAUCAAUGUAGAAGUUCAUGAUGUAAGAUGUACGAUUGAGACAAUGCUCGAAACAGACGACUGCCCGAAAUGCGACAAUCUCCUUUACAUACAAUUGAUUUUAAAGUUACUAUAUCGUAAAAUUAACGAAUCACUUAACGUCACUUAACGUCUCGUAAUAUCUAUUUCGUGUUUUGUUCAUCUAUCUUGCUUCUCCACGAAUUAAUGUCUCAGUAAUAACGUAAUAAUAUAAUAAUAAUUGUAUAUUUUUUAAGUGAGUCUUUGUAUGAUAAAUUUAAUGACAUUCUCAUGUACAUCAUCCAUAUUAUUCGCAACUCACUGAAUAAUAUAGUUUCAUAGCAGCUCUUUACUCGAAUAAAUUUUAAAUAAUUAGUGUAUAAUUUUUCAAUGAUUUGCGUCUGUGCUCUCGUUUUUUUUUCUCUCACAUGCUCUCUUACUCUUCUAUGAUGUUAUGUCAAUACAAGAAUCUGCAAUAUUACAAACGGCUCUUUUUAAGCUGCACGU